AUGGCCACCGAGUCCAGCUUUCACGGGUGGCUAGAUGAAAAGGACUGGCCUAACGUCGAUCUGGACAGUAACGGUAAUUGGAAGAGUUCUUACAAGUACUCACUAGCAAGUCAUGAUGUUGAGCCUGUUGAAGGGGCUUUUGAGUUCAGAGAACCCAACCUCUCACCUCGCUUUGACUGGAAUCAUGACCCAAACAAAGACAAAUGGACUACUGGACCUGAUGGGCUGGUAUUACAUACAGCAACUAUCACCGAAGAUUUCUCCCCGGCCCAGAACACACUGACGCACCGUAUCCUUGGCCCGCGGUCCAACGUCACCAUUGAGCUUGACUACUCCUCCAUGGUAGACGAGGACCGCGCGGGAUUGGUGUCGCUAAGAUAUGAUGUAGGCUGGAUCGGUAUAGCCAAAGAUGGUAGUUCAACAACACUGCAGAUGGUUGACAAUGCUGAAAUGGGCCCUGAAAACAACUCGUCACCACAUCAAAAGGAACGCACAGACGGAAAGACCUUUGUCAAGCUUGGACAGGAGCAUGUUGCGAAGCAGGGAGGGGUUUGGUUCACUGGUACUCGAUAUAGUAUCUUUAACUUUGCGACCAAGAAGAGCGGAGGACAUGCUGUCGUCAAGGCAUUUGACAUUCGUCUUAGCUAG